CCGCAGCCCCCGCGCUUUCGGUGUGCAACCUCCUGCUCGCAGUCUGCAUCGGCGCAGUCGACUCCGCUAAAUGCCAACCCCGGACAAUCGUACUUAGCUCGACAUAUGCAAGUUGCUUGCAAGUUGCUGUGAUAAUUCCGGCGCCGAGAGUAUGUAAGCCGGGGAAGCGCCCAUAACCUCGACGUCACUGGGCGGGUCUCCCUCCACACCCACCUCGUACAAAGCCCAGCGAUCGUUGCCGACCUUUCCUACACGCCGCCCUCAACUUAGAUUCACGACUUACGACCGAUAUAACGACAACAAGAUGCCUGUUCCUCGCCAGCUCUUCAACGAAAUCAGGCAGAUCAUCCCGCCACUCAACGGCUCGCUGCACAAGGGUCAGUCUGGCAGAGUCGGCGUCCUGGGAGGCGCACUCGACUACACCGGCGCACCGUUCUUCGCAUCCAUCUCAGCUCUCCGUAUCGGCGCGGACCUCUCGCACGUAAUCUGCUCACCUACGGCCGCCGGUGCAAUCAAGUCCUACUCUCCAGACCUCAUCGUCCACCCUAUCCUUCGUGAGGACCAAUCGCCCACCGAAGUGAAGCCUAUUCUGUCCUCACUGUUGGAGCGCCUUCAUGUACUUGUCAUCGGGCCGGGGCUGGGAAGGGAGGACUACAUGCAAAAUUUCGCAAAGAUGGCGCUGAACAUCGCGAAGGAACAGGAUAUGUAUGUCGUCUUGGAUGCAGACGCACUGUGGAUGAUCGGCCAAGACCUGAGCCUCAUCAAAGGCUACCGCAAGGUUGUCCUCACGCCAAACGUCAUGGAAUUCAAGCGGCUGAGUGAUAACGCUGGCGUGGACCCAAAGAGCCCACCAGAUGAACACGCCAUGCGAAUCUCGCGCGUGCUAGGCGGUGUAACCAUCCUGCAGAAGAACAAAGAAGACAUCAUCGCGACCGACACUGGGAGCACACUCUCCGGCUCCCAGUCAACAGAGGAACAAGUCGUCGUCGAUACACCGGGCGGAUACAAGCGGUGCGGCGGACAGGGCGACAUCCUCAGCGGGAGCGUCGGGACGAUGCUCGCCUGGGGCAAGUGCUACGAGACCGGCGCAUUUGGCGACAAAACCCUCCCGCUGUCGCGUCUGCCAUUGCUCGCGGCCGUCGGCGGCUCUAUGGUGACGCGCGCGGCCUCGCGGCGCGCGUUCUCGAAGAAGGGCAGGGGGGUCGUCACGCAGGACAUGCUCGGCGAGAUUGGCGGCGCGUUUGCGGAGAUCUUCGGUGAAGACGAGAAGGGGUGGGGCGUCGAGGGUGCAGGGAAGCUAUGAGAUGUAACGAGCAGAAAUCAAUGUGUCUGAAGCAGUCACACCUUGUACCACCACAGCUGCAUUCCUGACGCCUGCGUCUCUUCUGUUCAUUCAAUAUGAAGCAACGUCACAACGU